GGAAGCAGUGUCAGUGAUCAUUUGCAGCUGGACGCCGGGGUUCUGCGGAGCUCCGAAUCCGCUCAUCGACUCAGCAGCGGCAGGACGUGAUCACUGGGGUACUGGACAACUUUCAGAGUCUGCUAUGACAUCUCGCAGGUGGUUCCACCCCAACAUCACUGGAAUCGAGGCAGAGCAGGUCUUGUUGACCCGGGGAGUCCACGGCAGUUUCCUAGCCCGGCCCAGCAAGAGCAAUCCUGGGGAUUUUACCCUGUCUGUCAGGCGAAACAAUGAGGUGACCCACAUUAAGAUCCAGAACUCUGGGGACUACUAUGACCUGUACGGCGGUGAGAAGUUUGCCACGCUAGCCGAGCUGGUGCAGUAUUACACCGAACAGCAGGACCUGCUGCGUGAGAGGAACGGCCACGUCAUCGAGCUGAAGUAUCCACUCAACUGCAAGGACCCCACCUCUGAGAGGUGGUACCAUGGUCACCUCUCUGGGAGAGAUGCAGAGAAGCUCCUCACAGAAAAAGGCAAAGCUGGCAGCUUUCUGGUCCGGGAGAGUCAGAGUAAGCCCGGAGACUUUGUCCUAUCAGUUCUCACCAACGAGGAGAAACACGACAACGUCGACCGCAAAACCAAAGUCACACACGUUAUGAUUCGCUUGCAGGAAGGCAAGUAUGACGUGGGAGGUGGUGAACGGUUUGACACGUUGGCCGAUCUGGUGGAUCACUACAAGAAGAACCCCAUGGUGGAAAAAAGUGGCAUUGUAGUUCAUCUCAAACAGCCUUUUAACACCACGAGGAUAAACGCUGCCAACAUUGAGAACCGGGUACGAGAACUCAAUAAAGUAGCAGACAACUCAGAGAAGCCAAAACAAGGAUUCUGGGAGGAGUUUGAGGUACUUCAGCAGCAAGAGUGCAAACUGCUGUAUCCCCGGAAAGAGGGCCAGAAACCAGAAAACAAGAGUAAAAACAGAUACAAGAACAUCCUCCCCUUCGACACAACGCGAGUUGUAAUUAAAGAUUCUGAAUCAGACGCUCCGGGUUUGGAUUACAUCAACGCCAACUAUAUCAGAAACGUGAGUGAAGACGGGCGGCAUGUGGAGGGGAGUAAAGUCUUCAUUGCCACCCAGGGCUGCCUGCAGAGCACAGUGAACGACUUCUGGAAGAUGGUGUUUCAGGAGAACGCUCACGUCAUUGUCAUGACCACCAAGGAGAUGGAGCGGGGAAGGAACAAAUGCGUCCGGUACUGGCCGGAUCUCAACGCCACUAAAGAGUUUGGGAAAGUCCUGGUGAGGAAUGUGGAAGAGCAGCCAGCGCAGGACUACAUCCUGAGGAAACUGGAGGUGACACGCCUGGACAGGAAGGAGCCUCUGCGGUACAUCUGGCACUACCAGUACCUGAGCUGGCCGGACCACGGCGUCCCCAACGAGCCCGGCGGCGUCCUCUGGUUCCUGGAGGAAGUCAACUGCACACAGAGCACCAUUAAGGAUACUGGACCCAUCGUCGUCCACUGCAGCGCGGGCAUCGGCAGAACCGGCACCAUCAUUGUCAUUGACAUCCUCAUCGAUAUCAUCAACCGCCAAGGGCUGGACUGCGACAUCGACAUCCCAAAGACCAUCCAGAUGGUCCGGCAGCAGAGGUCCGGCAUGGUCCAGACGGAGGCGCAAUACAAGUUCAUCUACAUGGCGGUGCAGCAGUACAUAGACACGGUCCAGAAGAGGCUGGAGGAGGAGCAGAGGAAUAAAAUGAAGGAGAGAGAAUAUUCAAACAUCAAGUAUCCACAGAUGACCAACUCCAGGUCUAAGCACAACAUGGCGUCCUCCAGGUCGUCUUCAGUAAUGACAAAUGAUGAUUCUUCGAGCGUGUACGAGAAUAUAAACUUCAGAACUCCCCAGGCAUCCUUCAGUAGUAACACCAGGAGAUAAAAUGGCUGCUGCAGAUCUGCUUCUCUCUUAUCUGCCAUCUGCUUCAGCAGCGCUGUUGCUGGCCAGAGUCUGUAAAAAUCUCUUUGGGGCUGACAGGAAGUGAUGCGUUAACGGUCCCCGGCCUCGGCCUGAAGGCAACGAGCCGACUCCUCUCCUGCUGCCAUGCUGCUGACCUCUGACCCUGUGACCAGUGGACCCUCCACUCUGUCCCGUCAGAACCAGCUCCAGUGCCUUGUGAUAGGACGUAUCUGUAAUCCUUAGCUUCUCCUCCUCCUGUUUCUCCUCUUUUUUUCUUCCUCAGACCUACAAAUCGAAGCUAACUCGCUAAUCUGGAUGUGACAUCAGACUGCGGGUCUGACCCGACGCUGCUCUGCGGGAUCUGAGCCAAGGUCAGAGCCCAGCUGCUCUUCCAGCCAUUUGAACUUUCAACUUUGCACUGUUUUCGCGGGGCGAGCUGCGGGGUUUAUUAACGCGGCCACUGAGUGAUGGAAGGGUCCCAAGGCUCAGGAAGGAUUCUUACAGAUGUAGACUGUGGUGUGUGUGUGUUAGGGUGUGUGUGUGUGUGUGUGUGUGUGUGCGUGGGCGUGCGUGUCUGGGUGUGUGUGUGUGUGUGCGUGUGUGUGAAGUGUGCCUGAGGAGGACGAUCUGCUGCUGGACGCGCUGGUUCUGGUUCUGUUCCGACUUGAGGAACAGAAUUUUGUCUGGUCUUCAUCAUCUUCCUCUCAACACACAAAUUAUCUUCCCUUUGAUGCGUUGCGUGUCAUUGUGGUUUAAGGUCAUGUAUAAACUUUAUUUUAGGGUCUUUCUAAAAGCAGAGCUUCAUUUCACGUUUCCUGACAAAAGAGUGAAUGAACAUUAUGAGUCUUUUUUAGCUCAGCGUCUGUCAGGAUGGGAUUGUCAAAAGGAGACGAGGAAACGGGCCGAUUGCAGCGGCCCAGAUGGCCAUCUGACUGAGAUUAAAGAAUAGAUUUGUCUCUGAAAAGUAAUUUAGAAGACGACUGUAAUCCAGGUCUGAUGCCAGCCGGCCGAGUAAAGCGGCGUCAUGUAUGGGAUAAGUAGACUGUAGAGCGACGAGGCCUCUGCACUUUCCCACAGAUUGUUGGAUAUUUUUAGCCUCCUGAAUCCAAAAUGACCCGGCCCGGUUCAAGGCGAGAGUGAAGUCCUCCUUCUCCUUCAACCUUCACAUUUUCUUAUGUUUCAACCAAAAACAUCACAGUUUUAUUUGGACUUUAUUUGGAAAGAGCUGCAUGAAGAAAAAUCAUUCAGUGUUUGAAAGAGGAAAAAUCUGAAAACUUUGUUGUCUUCAGUAUGAACCCACUUUACUCUGACACCCCUAAAUCAUCUUCAGUUGCUCUCAGAAGUUCGGUCCAGUCAACAUGUACCGGUGAGGACUGCAUCAUUUCUCUCUUUAUUUGCAUAAGCAAACCUUUGAACAUAAUAACACUUUCAACCUUACAUCCAUUUCAAAUCUUCAGGUAAAUAAAUUGAAUGACUUUCACAGACAAAUGAGGUUUCAUGAAAAAUGUUCCAUUUUUUCAUUCCAAAAAUCAGUGGAAAGUUUUUCAUUUUUAGAGGCCUAGUGAUUGUUGCCCAGUUGCUCCAGUGAAACAUUUUUUAAUUUCUCUGAAUGUUUUCAGGUUUGAUUUUGCAACUCUGCUCACUCGGUUCAUGUUUGUUUUUGUUUUUAUUAUUAUUUGAAUCGAGAAUAAAACCAGAACACUUGACUUCUGAAACUGACUCAAUGUGUGGACCUUUUACAUACAAUUGAAAAAUAUAUUAAAUUAUUAAUGUUCAUUUUGACUAAUGCAGGUCAAACAUUUCAGAAUCGUGUUUUGAAAAAUGAAUGGGAUAAGUAUUUAAUUAAAGUAAAGUAAAGUUUGAAUUAUUUGUUAGUUGCAAAGCACCACCUAUUGUAAAGACUGCCCCAUGCCUCUUAGUGCCCCUCUCCCAGUUGCCCCAGCUCAACACACAUAGCUCAGGAUUUGACCUCAGGGAUUCAUUCCUGAUCUUUAGGAAAAUAUCCAACGUUUGGAAAAGUUUUCGCCCUUCUGACUUCAGAUCUGAGGGCUUUAAUACAAACUGAACUUCUGUCCAGCCAAAUGACUCAAACACAGGGUUAGGGUCAGAACGUGAUUCAUUGUGGAAAUAAUAAUACUCUCAGCUCUGCACUGAAAUGAUUAUAAUGUAGAAAAGUUUGAAUGUAACUCCUGCAGCCAUUUUGUUUCCCUCAUUUUAAAGUUUGAAGGUUUUUCAUGGUCAAACUACUGAAAUGCUGUUUAAUUUGUAGUUAACAGCUCUGGUUCAGUGAUUGAAAGCUGCCUGUUUCAAAUGCUGCACUGCUUCAUGAUGUCAGCAUCAAGCGCGUUUCUCUUCCUGUGAACAGGUGAGGGAAUCUGUUUCCUGUUUUGUAACUUUGCUCUGUUUCUCUGCGUUGGUGUGAUCUCACAUUAUGUCUGAUUUGGUGAAACUUUAGUACUUGAAAGUGUGAACUGUUUUUUUCUCAGGCUGUGUGUCCAUCGGACGUGUUUUUGUUUGUGCACUAUGUUGUUCACGUUUUCCUUCAGACUCGUUUUCUUUGAUUCAUCCUUGGAUUUCAGUUUGGUAUGGAGGUUUUAUUUUUCUCGCCAUGUUUUGCUGAGUGAAUCCAGUAAGAAUCGGUGGAGGACUGCAGUCGUGAAGCCGAGUUUUACUUCAGCUGGUCCUCUGACAUUUUACUUGAACUUGUUGAUGUGAUAUUUUUGGAUUCCCUGACGUUGUCCUCCAUGUUUCCUGUUCAUCUUGCACUGGCUCCGCCCACACGCCUUUUUGGGACUUUUGGCUUCAACUGCUGAUGUGAUAUGUUGGAAACUGCCUCUUAAUGGUUUAAUAUCAUAAACAAUAAAACACUUUAGUAUGCCA